GCGGCUGCGCGUCGCGGAUCCCCAGUCCUGGGUAGAUGGCGUCGGCGGAGCGCUGUCCUGUUUGCCGCCAGACCUUCUUCUGCGGCCGUGGACACGUCUACAGUCGCAAGCACCAGCGGCAGCUGAAGGUGGCUUUGGAGCGGCUUCUGCCUCAGGUGGAGGCCGCCCGCAAGGCCGUCCGCGCCGCUCAGGUGGAGCGUUACGUGCCCGAGCACGAGCGGUGCUGCUGGUGCCUGUGCUGCGGCUGUGAGGUGAGGAAACACCUGAGCCACGGAAACCUGACCGUGCUGCAUGGGGGGCUGCUGGAGCAUCUGGCCAGUCCAGAGCACAAGAAAGCAACCAACAGAUUCUGGUGGGAGAACAAGGCUGAGUUCCAGAUGAAAGAGAAGUUUUUGAUCUCCCCCCAGGAUUAUGCACGAUUCAAGAAGUCCAUGGUGAAAAGUCUGGAUUCCUAUGAGGAAAAAGAGGAUGAAGUGAUUAAAGAGAUGGCAGCUCAGAUCCGUGAGGUGGAACACAGCCGGCAGGAGGUGGUUCGGUCUGUCUUAGAGGUUGGUUUCCCUCGGAGGAGCCAGAGCACCUCAGACAGUGCCAGACCCAGAAGAGGGCUCUUCGGCACCUGGAAGCUGGAACGGGACAAACAGGUAAGGUUGUUAGGAAACCUCUUAUUGGGAGUUCUGACAUCUCUUAGAACAUUCUGUAACUCUGGUUGGGAAAAGGGAACAAAUCUCAUCUUUGCUAUCCUCAUGGCUCAAGGACCUUGUCUGCCAGCCUGGCUCCUGUUUGUCUUUUUCAGCCAAGUAGCCUCCACCUCACAGCAGCCCUCAUAUGUGGACCUGCCACCAGCCCCAGAGCUUGACUGGAUGGAGACAGGACAACCUCUGACAUUCAUUGGCCAUCAGGAUACACCAGGAAUUGGUAACAUCCACUCAGGUGCCACACCUCCCUGGAUGGUCCAAGAUGAGGACUGUAGCUCUGGGAACCAACAAAUAGGACCCUCCUAUGAAGAGUUUCUCAAAGAAAAGGAAAAACAGAAAUUGAAGAAACUCCCACCAGACAGAGUUGGGGCCAACUUUGAUCAUAACUCCAGUACCAGUGCAGGCUGGCUGCCCUCUUUUGGCCGGGUCUGGAAUAAUGGACGCCGCUGGCAAUCCAGGCAUCAAUUCAAAACUGAAGCCGCAGCAAGAAACAAACAGCAGCCACACAGAAAGAAAAGUUAAUGGUUUCCUAAUACAUUUUCAACCACUAUAAUGCUCAAAGCCAAAUCAACAAGCAGAUACCUACUAUUAUCCUUUGUAACUGCCUUUCUUAGGAAACAGACAUGCCCACUUAUUUGAUUUAAUAAAGUUUUAUUUUUCAAAAUAUA